AUGGACGCAGGAGCCUGGUUCGAGGUCACCCCAGAGUCUGUCGCGCGGCACAUCGCGGAUCGCCUGAGCUUCGACCGGGUGGUUGAUGGAACUUGUGGCGUGGGCGGCAACGCGAUACAGUUCGCGUUGACCUCGCGGAGCGUCGUUGCCGUGGACACGGAUCCCGGACGUCUCUCCGACGCGAGACACAACGCCGGAAUCUACGGCGUGGCUGAUCGCAUCGAUUUUGUCCACGACGACUUCGCACAUUUCGCGGAGGUCUACAGUGGGCCCCCGAUUGACGCGGUGUUCUUGUCACCGCCUUGGGGCGGCCCUGGCCACUUGGAGUCUAACUACUUCUCCUUGCGGGAUGUACAGGUGCCGGACAUCGUGCACCUUUUCGCCGCCGCAGCCAAGCUCAGCCCGCGAGUAGCACUUUACCUGCCCAG